AUGCAGCCAACCACUCUUCCUAGACGCCCCCAGGCUCACUAUCGUCCGUUUUCCACCCUCUACACAGACUCCGACAUAGAACCACGACGGCUCAAGCGCUCAUCUUCGCUAGGUGGCUUGCACUCCUUCCGAGGCAUGAAUCUCGGACUGUCGUUCAAGCCAAAAAAGCACGCGCAGUUGUGCGUGACCCCGCCUGCAUCACCCACAUCCCAAUCGGGAACUCCCUCCCAAAAAGUCUCAUAUCCUUUGAGUCUCAAACAGAGGCUAAAGACAAACCAGGAUGGCACAACCUCCCAAAACUCUCUCCAUCCUCCCUCCAUCAAGAAGAAGCGUUCCGUCAUGUCCCUCUUCUCUCCUGCUUCCACGCAUCCAGAUCCCCCAGAGCGUCCGACAGACAUCCCAGAAGAGUCCCCCCGCCCGUCUACAGCAAAGUCUGUCAAGUUCAAGACCCCAGACGACUUUGACAACCACAGCGAUCCGGAUUCCUUCGUCCGCAAAACAGUCUGGACAACCAGGUUCAACAUGAAGCUCCACCCGUACCAGACAGAGGUUCCCUAUAUGCAGGCUUACAAUUCUAUUCUGCUAGAAAACGACCGCUAUACAGAUCUGCUUUUGCAGCGUCUUUCAGGCGGUUACCCCUCCUUUGGUCAUCACCGCGCAAAGCCUCCUUUGCGCGUCCUCGAUUUAGGUUGUGGUCAAGGCACUUGGAUCCUAUAUGCCGCCAACAUCUGGUCCCACACCCACUUUACCGGCUUUGACCUCGUCAAUAUCACAACCCCCGCCUUUGAAGCCAUGGACAACACCACUUUUGUCCAAGGAAAUUUGCAAGUCAUUUUCUUCAUCAAUUUCCCGCUACCUUUUGCGGAUGCAUCCUUUGACUUUGUCCGUCUCGCCAACCUCGUCCUUUGUGUACCCUACACCCACUGGGACAAACUCCUCCGAGAGGUCAAACGCAUACUGUGCGUCGGCGGACGCAUUGAACUCAUCGACGACGAGAUCUUCUUUCCUUACGCAAACCCGCCGAAACUGAGAGAUCAUCUACUACCCUCAUCCUCCCCGCGGAAACGGCACCGCUCCAGCGCAUCCUCGUUCGACAUGGACGACGACGACCUCUUCUCGGACGCCGACCUCGAUGGGGAUACCCUGCAGGGCUACGAGUCUGGCGAAGACUCCAUGUUCAAUCACAGCGAGACCACAUGCGUCUCGUCUUCCUUUGACGACAAAGAAAUUGACCAGCAACAACCCUUUCUUUCGUCUUCAGAGACCGCGCGUCCGAGUUCCUACGCGCGCUGGCGGCGGCACGCGUCCACCACGUCCGCUGCUUCAUCAUCAUCACCCUCUUCCUCUUCCACUCUCUUUUCACCCACCAGCACCAUCUCUUCCACCUCUACCUCUUCAGAUCCAUACGCCAAACCCCCUAUCACCGACCCGUACCUCGCACAACCCGCACACGUGAUCUGGGCACAGCGCGCGGCCGCAUCGCGCGAGCUAGAAGCUGCCUUCCUCGGCAUGCUCUCGGGGUCGUACGGCGUGUACCCGCGCCCGGCCGAAUUUGUCUCCGAAUUUAUGCAGAAUAUAUUUGGGAAAAAGGCGGGCAAGACGCAGAGUUAUCGGGUACGGCUUGCGGAGUGGGGGUCGCCGAUUGGCGUGUGUGCGGAUGUGGGAGCUACAGAGGGAGCUGAUGGGAAGGUGGAGGGUGAGGAGGAGAGAGAGGGUAGAGAGAGGGAGAAGAAGCAGUGGAUGGCGGGGAGAGAUUCGGACAAGAAAAAAGCGAGAAGAAAGGAACAGGUGUUGGGCGAUGCGGGGAUGGCGAGUGACCGCGCGAGUGUCAGUAUGGAUGUGUCGUUGGCGUCCCCGAUACCAGAUGUUGUCAAGCCCAAAGCGGCCAAGCAGCUUGGGAUGGAUAUGUCACUCCCGUUCCCUAUACCAGACGUCGUCAAACCCAAAGCAGCCAAGCAACUUGGGCUGCUGAUACCUCCUCCAACGACAACGACAACUUCGCCGUCAAAGAGCAAAGGAUAUUCAUCGUCUGGGUCGACGUCGCCUAGCACACCGAGCUCGCCGGUGUCAUUUUCGUCGUCCUCGUCUACACCCACGAGCGCGGGUACGCCAGUGGGUUCGGGAGGAUCCUCCUCGUCGUCCUCUCUUGUUUCUAGCAGGCAGCAUUCGCCUGUGAAGAUGACUCAGCCGAAAGCACCGAACGCAAAGACAGCCGCGUUGCUGGGGAUGAGCUACAACGAGCUCGUCGCUGCAACAUCCAAAGCGCUGCAGGCGUCCACGGCCUCAACCAACGCUCAAGCAGCCGCGCGGCAUUCGCAACACCAGAACCACAAGCACAAACACUCGUCUCAGCACCAUUCUGAAAAACAUCAACGGCAUCAAGAAGAGCAGGCGCAGGAGCGGGAGGAGCAGCCGCAGCAGAUAUUCCGGUUCAAGCCUGCUGGGCUCGUGCAGUCGCCUGGGCUGCUGGUCGGGCGCGAUCGGUAUAUUGCGGUGGACGCGCGCGAGCUGGAGAUGCAUGCGUGCAAGUAUAUGCAUACGCUGCUUGGUUGCCGUCCUGCGCUUGCUGCGUAUGUAGCGAGGUUUCAGGAUGAGAUGGGGCGGUUGAUUGUGGAAGAGGAUAUGUUUACUUAUUAUCUUUGGGAGUACGAGACAUUUAGGAGGACCAGGCUCGGAUGGCCUUCGCAGAUCCCAGAGAAAGAUGAUGAUGAUCCUCUACCUACCAUCGACGAGUCCCAAGAGACGGCAUCCACUUUCAACUCCAAACCCUCAUCGUCGUAUCGCGCGGCAGACACGCCGCAGCACCAGGUGUUCGACUGCCAGCCGGACGAGACGGUGCAUAUCCGUACGAUACGCGUGUUUCAGGCUGUCAAGAUGGGGUCGGUGGAGGAGGAGCAGGAGGAAGAUGAUGGUAAGGAGAAGGAGUGGCAGGGGGAGUGGGAUGGAGAGGAUGGGAUGAGGUUUUCGAGGUUGGGGUGUGAGUUGAUGUUUGAUGUGCCAUUUUCGAAUGGAGGAGGGUCGGCGGGGAUGAAGGAGUGGGAGAGGAGGUGGCAGGGGCAGUGGGAGAAGGAGAGGGUUGAGCGCGAGCUGUGA